AAAGACAAGGCAGGCACAUGGAGGCGCAACACUAAAUACCGAUGUGAAUGGGCUCUCUAGUAUGUGCUUGAGCACUCAUUCUAAACGUGGUCACUGCUGUGUCAGUCUGGAGCGUCUGCAGUGGCGAACUGGACAGUGGUGAUAUGGUAAUGUUGACCGAAUGGCAGAGGGCAGCCGCAGAAAGCAGGAUCCUCAGUGACACGCCAAUGAGUGGUGAAGGCACUGGUAUAGGGGUUCGAACCCCGACCCAGGCGGGGUAUUUGGGAAAAUCCCUGGAUACCAGUGCGCUGAAUGAAAACUGCCCAUGGUGUGCAGCAAGAGGACAGACUUACCCCCUUCAUUCAUAUGCCAUCAGCUUUAGAGAAUCCAUCACUCUCUGUUCAAAUUCACAGUGCAUUUUCCCUCUGGUCAGCAGACCGUUGGAUGAAAUCCGCGCCAGCCUCUCCUUGGGACGGGAUGUGGAACAGCACAAGAAACGGAAGGCACUUGAUCUCUUCGAGACGGAAGACGUAACUCCCUCCACCAAACGCUGCAGGGGGGACGUCGAGCAUCCGUCUGAGGCGUCACGUAAGCCACGGGGCGCAGAUCUGAUAGGCCGCGGAGCGUUGGUCGAUCUACGCCUCGACGACGAGUCGGCAAAACGUCACGGGACGUCUCCAGAACGUGGUCCCUCUGUGAACGGUGCCCAAAAAACGGUCCCAGGCGAGUCUUUCGGUAAUGGAGAAGCUUCGCAGUUGUCAGCUGAAGCAGAAGAAGAGCGAUCUGCGUCAGUCGGGGCGGAGACGGCCGUGGAGCCGCCCGCUGCCGAAGAAACGGGGCAGCUCCCUGACGAUCUGGCCCCUGUUCCGUCUGAGCUCUUCUGGAAGAACGAUAACAGCCUGUGUUGGUUAGAUGCUAUGUUGGUGGCACUUGUGCAGUGUCACUCAAUCAAGGAGGUCCCGCCUCAGACUCAAAGAGACAGUACGACUUCGGACGACCUGCCCGUGUGGAACCUGUGUUCACGUUACGACAGGAUACGCAUGGGUGUCAGAGCCAAGGAGCAAGUCUGUGGAGACGGCGUCGUUCGAGUACCUUCAGAGGUUCUUCGGGAUGCGGAGAGAGAACUCUUGGAACUCAGGGCCUCUGUUUUCAGACUUCUUCAGCCUAAGCUUCGGUGCUCUCUGGGUGAGGAGGAGACUCCAGUGUUUGCACUCCCACUCUUCCUCCGUAUGGAUAACUGGGCACAGGAUCUUUUCCAGCACUCUGUGGAGUGGCAGUUCCAGUGCACAUCGUGUGGACACAGCCUCAACAGCAGCUGCGAGAUGACAAUCACUACGUUCACCCAGAUCGUGUCAAACUGGCAUCCGCUCAACGCUGUUCAUCGAACUCAGUGCAGCAUCUGCCAUCGCAAGAACCAGAGGAGGAAAAUGGUGUUGAAGAGGGUAUCCAGAGUCCUCGGUCUGCACUUUGUGGAAGGACUACCUCGCAGAGAUGUGAGCACUUACUCCUUUAACUUCAGGGAAAAACACUAUGUCGUCAAGAUGAUAAUUCAGUAUAACCAACAGCGCAAGCACUUUAUUACAUGGGUCCAACAACCUGAUGGAUCAUGGCUAGAGUUCGAUGACUUAAAACACCCACACUGCAUUACUCACAAGAAGCUGACCAUCCCCGCCAGCCAGAUGCACGUUGUUUUCUGGGAGGGCAAGGCCAGAAACGAUGGGGCACAUACUGCCGAAAGCCCAGAGAAGGAAGAUCGUCUGGAGGUCACUGACAUGGACGAGGGUCAACGCGAUCAGCCGCAUUGUAACCCUGACAACAGCACUUUGAUACUCGAUGCGCUCGGCUUAAAUGAAGACAACACGGCGACCGCUGGCGUUGGGGACGCCUCCAUCGGCUGCAGCACCCUGUUAGACACAUUUGAGGGUCUUUCCCAUAGUGACAUCAUCACCCUGACUCUGGAGGAAGUGAAGGUGGACACCGAUGGAACGCCAGUGGAAUCCUCCCAGGGGUCCACCGCCAACGCACCAGCGGCCAUCGGUCCAGAGGGCUCUUCAGUUUUGGGUAACGGCUCGAGAAAUGCAGGCCCGCCAUCUCCCACGAUCUUCAGAGGAAGAAGUAGUUUUAAAACGAGAGAAAAGACCACUGUGCAGACCGAUGACGGCAUAGUGCUUCCCUCUGUGGUGAUGCCUCCGGUUGCGGCAGAAUCGACCCCGGCGAACGCCGCUGGCUGCAACACCGCGACCUCGACGUCCAAUUCGCCGUGCUUGCAGAAUUUUUUACUCAACCGCCAUCCCUCUAUUCUAAACACGUUUCGCCCGCCGAACGUCUCCACGCCACGGCCCCGAUGCAGUUUGAAAAAGGAAGACAACGAAGCUCUUCCUGCAAAACCAGCCCAACUGUUUGGUGGAUUCAAAGCUAAGAACGAUGUCUCCGAGCCCGUAAAAACAAAUCACCUCUCCCGUCACCAAAGUAGUCAGCUACGUUCUGGAGGCGUGGACAGCCCCUUCCUGAAGCCACGUGUUUCUCCACAAAAACCUCCUGUUCCAACUACCCUUCCUGCUGGAACUACGGAGCUCCUCAAAAAGUCAAGCAAGAAAGUCCAAGAUCUCACCUCCACCCACCAACAGCCUUUAAACGAUGUACAAGCACUGAGACUGAAACUGAUGAAAAAACUCAAAGCCAAGAAGAAAAAGUUGGCCAAACUGAAUCAGAUUCUUGGAAAAGAGGGAGAACCUCUUCCCAAACCAGACAGCACUGAAUUGUGCUCUCCGUACACCGUGAGUUCCACCACUUCGGCCUGCAGCAGUCCGACCUACGAUCAGUUCUUCGCCGAUCUCCUUUCUCCCGCAACGACGGCGAGUAACCUGUCGCCCGACAGCACGGGAUUGCUGGAGUUGAUAGCAAGCAGUCAGAGUGGCCAUGUCGCACAAGGAAGUCUUCCAGAGAACCACGUGCCCCUGGACUCGGGCCCUGUCAACCCAGUGGCACCUGGACCGCACCUGAACGUUCCCUCUUCUAAUAACGAAGACUUUCUGGAACAGUUCAUGUCUGGAUCAGACUUUCAGCAAACCUCAGUGGAAAGUACAGACCUGAGCGCGUUAGAUCUGUUUUUUGAUCACUGAGAUGCGGUUAGUUCCCUCAGAUACAGAAGGUUUCUGAAGUACUUGAAAAUUAUGUUUGGUUAAUUUUGUUUUUGUGUGUGUGUGGGGGGGGGGCAUG